UAUUCAUUUUUUAUGAAAUACUUUCUUGGCACUAUUCAAAAACAUAUUUAUUUGCAUCUAGCAAUUUUUUUGGUGAAUUAAUUAUGCAUCUUAAUAUUUUAGCGCACCCACAUAUAUUCCGCGUUUUAUUUCAAAAGUCUGCAAUUCUAAAAUUCUUAAAAAUGUUAAUCCGACGAUGAUUACUUGUGUUUCCAUGAUAUCACCAUUAUAUACGAUAUUUCAUCUUCUUUAGUGAAACCUUGUUCAUGAAUGUGACACAAUAAUGUUAAACCGAUGAUCAAAAAAUAUAUUGGAGACAGAAUACCAAAUGACAUUGCUUAACUUUACUUGUAUGAAUUUCCGGAUUGACCGUGCCAACAAAUUUUCUUAUUCUUGCUGUUCUCUUACUCGUGCAAAUUUCCUUACAAUCAAUCUUUACAAAUAUAUUCAAGUCACAAUACAAUUUAAAUGUUAUCUAAUAACUUUUACCUUCGUGUAUAUUUUAAUAGAUAAAAUUAGAUGACAUUUUAUUUGAGUCUGAGUUUAUUUGUAUUUAUAUUAAUAUAUAGUGGAUAAAAACAUAAACUUGCGACAAUUACAUUAGAUUAAAAUUAGAUUAGAUUAUAAAUGUAACUUAUAAUUAGAUUUAUUAAGAUAUCUGUAUGUUCUACAUAUCUGUAGCAGUAAAGCAAGUAUAAGGAAACGAGUGCAGUCUGAACGACGUAUAAAUAUUCAUAUCAAUCCGCUGACAUCGGUGAGGAAUUGCCUUACGCCAACGGCAUGUGAAGAACAUAGCUGCUACCGGAAUGGCAAUAAGCAUGAUUUUUGUGGGUCUCAAUGUCGCGUCUCUCUCAUCAUGCCAUACUUGCUAUAAUGAAGAGAUGUCAUAUCUAACAAGGUUUAUAUUUUUUGCCUUUUGCAGACACUUCAUUAACAUAAACUGAUUUUUCCUUAACAAAAGCGAUGGACAUGUAAUAAUUUCAAAGUAUUACAUUAGAUGAUAAUAAUAAUUAUUAAAUACUAUUUUAAACAGAAGAACUUAUUGUAAUUUAUUUUUAUACAAAUACAAAUUUUCACACAAACGUAUGUGUAUAGAAAUAAUGUAUAUUUAUUUUUUACAAUAUGUACUUAUAUUUAAAUACACGUUAAAAAAAAUAAUAAAAUCAUAAAAUUUACAUAUAUCGUAAUUGAUCUGUACAUUAUUGUUAAAAUCUUAAUCUAUCCUUUGUCACCUUUCGAGUCUCACGGCAAGAAUGGGAAUUACCCCCGCAAGUACACACACACCACAAUGUCUACGGCUUUAUUAAUAACGACAAAGCGCAUUAGAUUUUGAGGAGGAAGCUAUCUCUAACAAAUGAACCCGCAUUAUGCGGUAAAUUUAUUAGAAACGGGAUUUCUCACAGGCUGAGACUAUGCUGAAUAUGCGCACAAAGCCUUAUAAAAAUCAACUGUGCUUAAACAAUCGCACCGAGAGACAUUGAAAGUGUUCUCCGAAUCCAAUUAAGCGCCACGACCCGAGGCUAAUUGAUUCUUGUUCAUCAUCUCGACGUCUCGCCAAGAAUUCGCGCCACCGCCAUAUAUGAAGAACUUACUCGACUAGAUUAAUUCGUCAGGCUGUUCGGUAAGCGUGGGAGACCAUAAACCGAAGAAAUCCAAGUGCACUUACGUAAUAGCGCGCACCUGAACUACAUUUCGAGCAGCGCAUUUCUAAUCGAGGUCUAUUUCGUCAUUUAAGCGGAGAACGCGGAUAAUAAUGGAAAACAAUUGGCCGCAAGGGGUAUCAAGCGUCAACACUAAGUUAAUCCUUUAUUUGGCAGGGAUGGAAUUAAAUACAGGAAGAUUAUUCUACGUGUGAACUAAAUUAAUAAUAACAAUUUAAGACAAUUAAACAUAUAAGUAAUAAUAAAAUAUGUAUAAAUAAUAAAAUAAUGAAAUUUUUUAAUUUAUGUCAAAUUAAUUAGAUCAUUAUCAAUAAUAUUCGUCCUGCAUUAAAAAGAAACAGGAGAAAGAGGAGACUGAAAAAAAAAGUGUAGGGACCAUUCUCGAGAAAUUGAAACGAGAAGAAUAGGGAAAAGAGAAGAUAGAGCGAGGAUGAGGCCUGAGUUGGGGGGUCGGCAAUCCCCACCCUGUAUAAAAGUCUUUUUCUGCCAGCGACGUGUUCAGUUCGAACGACGCGCUGCGUGCGAUUAUCUCUGAGGAUCAUCCUCGACGCCAUUGCAGAGAGGCUGCGGACAAUGCCCUGCUGAAAAAGGAUUCUUGUCAAAAUGCUGCGGCGUGCCACUGCAGCCCUCUUCAUCUUGGUGAUUGCUACAUCCAGAUCGCAACUCACUCAAGAAUUAACAAAUUCCAAUCAAGAUGACGAAGUGAUUCUGAGUAUUAGCGAUGAACAAAAAAUUCAAUAUUUAAGCCAAAAUUUUGAAUCAGAUGCAUACAAAUAUGGUUACGAUAUCAAUCCACAUGGUCAAUUUCAUCAUGAAAUACGUGGUCCAGAUGGAAUUACCUAUGGAUGUUACGGUUAUGUAGAUCCCUUUGGUCAAUUAAAAGCAACGUUUUAUAUAAGUGAUGGAUGGGGAUAUCGUGUUGUUCAACCAGGGAAAGACGUGGAACUUUUCCUUCAUAAGCAUGAACAUCAUGGUAACCAUCAUGAUCAUCAUGAACAUCAUGGUGUAAUUACGCCAUGGCAAGAGUUAUAUUUUCCCGUGGUCUGUGCGCAAUAUACAAACACAAAUGUUCCACCUCAUACAAUACCAAGUGGAGGAACGCCUAUCGGAAGUGGAUCAAUGAUUGAAAUAUCACCAACUCAACCUCCUUAUAGGCCUCCUGGCAAACCAGGAACACCCUCAUAUCCCGGUCAUCCAGGAACUCCUGGCAUCCCCGGUACUCCAGGCAUUCCAGGCAAACCAGGAACGCCGUCAUAUCCCGGUCAUCCAGGAACUCCUGGCAUCCCCGGUACACCAGGUAUUCCUGGAACUCCGUCGUAUCCUGGACAUCCGGGAACUCCUGGCAUUCCCGGUACUCCAGGUAUCCCAGGAAAACCAGGAACGCCAUCAUAUCCCGGUCAUCCAGGAACUCCUGGCAUCCCCGGUACACCAAGUAUUCCUGGAACUCCGUCGUAUCCCGGUCGUCCAGGAACUCCUGGCAUUCCCGGUACUCCAGGCAUUCCAGGCAAACCAGGAACGCCGUCAUAUCCCGGUCAUCCAGGAACUCCUGGCAUCCCCGGUACACCAGGUAUUCCUGGAACUCCGUCGUAUCCUGGACAUCCGGGAACUCCUGGCAUUCCCGGUACUCCAGGUAUCCCAGGAAAACCAGGAACGCCAUCAUAUCCCGGUCAUCCAGGAACUCCUGGCAUCCCCGGUACACCAAGUAUUCCUGGAACUCCGUCAUAUCCUGGUCAUCCAGGAACUUCUGGCAUCCCCAGUACACCAGGUAUUCCUGGAACUCCGUCGUAUCCUGGACAUCCGGGAACUCCUGGCAUUCCCGGUACUCCAGGCAUUCCGGGCAAACCAGGAACGCCAUCAUAUCCUGGUCAUCCAGAAACUCCUGGCAUCCCCGGUACUCCAGGCAUUCCGGGCAAACCAGGAAGGCCGUCAUAUCCUGGUCAUCCAGGAAUUCCUGGUAUCCCCGGUACUCCAGGCAUUCCAGGCAAACCGGGAACUCCAUCAUAUCCUGGUCAUCCGGGAACUCCUGGCAUCCCCGGUACUCCAGACAUUCCGGGCAAACCAGGAAGGCCGUCAUAUCCUGGACAUCCAGGAACUCCUGGCAUUCCUGGUACUCCAGGUAUUCCAGGAACUCCAUCGUAUCCUGGACAUCCAGGAACUCCUGGCCUUUCCGGUACUCCAGGCAUUCCGGGAAAACCAGGAAGGCCGUCAUAUCCUGGUCAUCCAGGAACUUCUGGUAUUCCAGGCAAACCCGGAACGCCGUCAUAUCCCGGUCAUCCAGAAACUCCUGACAUUCCCGGUACUCCAGGAAUUCCGGGCAAACCAGGAAAACCCUCAUAUCCCGGUCAUCCAGGAACUUCUAGCAUCCCCGGUACUCCAGGUAUUCCAGGCAAACCAGGAACGCCGUCAUAUCCCGGUCAUCCAGGAACUCCUGGCAUCCCCGGUACACCAGGUAUUCCUGGAACUCCGUCGUAUCCUGGACAUCCAGGAACUCCUGGCAUCCCCGGUACUCCAGGCAUUCCGGGCAAACCAGGAACGCCAUCAUAUCCUGGUCAUCCAGGAUCUCCUGGCAUCCCCGGUACUCCAGGCAUUCCAAGCAAACCGGGAGCACCGUCAUAUCCUGGUCAUCCAGGAACUCCUGACAUUCCUGGUACUCCAGGUAUUCCAGGAACUCCAUCGUAUCCUGGACAUCCAGGAACUCCUGGCAUUUCCGGUACUCCAGGCAUUCCGGGAAAACCAGGAAGGCCGUCAUAUCCUGGACAUCCGGGAAGUCCUGGCAUUCCCGGUACUCCAGGCAUUCCAGGCAAACCGGGAACACCGUCACAUCCUGGUCAUCCAGGAACUCCCGGCAUUCCCGGUACUCCAGGUAUUCCAGGAACUCCAUCAUAUCCUGGACAUCCAGGAACUCCUGGCAUUCCCGGUACUUCAAGCAUUCCAAGCAAACCGGGAACACCGUCAUAUCCUGGUCAUCCAGGAACUUCUGGCAUCCCCAGUACACCAAAUAUUCCUGGAACUCCGUCGUAUCCUGGACAUCCGGGAACUCCUGGCAUUCCCGGUACUCCAGGUAUCCCAGGAAAACCAGGAACGUCAUCAUAUCCUGGUCAUCCAGAAACUCCUGGCAUCCCCGGUACUCCAGGCAUUCCGGGCAAACCAGGAAGGCCGUCAUAUCCUGGUUAUCCAGAAACUCCUGGCAUCCCAGGUACUCCAGGCAUUUCAGGCAAACCGGGAACACCGUCAUAUCCUGGUCAUCCAGGAACUCCUGGUAUCCCCGGUACUCCAGGCACUCCAGGCAAACCGGGAAUCCCUUCAUAUCCUGGUUAUCCAGGAUCUCCUGGCAUCCCCGGUACUCCAGGCAUUCCAGGCAAACCGGGAAGCCCUUCAUAUCCUGAUUAUCCAGGAUCUCCUGGCAUCCCCGGUACUCCAGGCAUUCCAGGCAAACCGGGAACACCGUCAUAUCCUGGUCAUCCAGGAACUCCAUCGUAUCCUGGCAUUCCCGGUACUCCAGGUAUUCCAGGAACUUCAUCAUAUCCUGGACAUCCGGGAACUCCUGGCAUUCCCGGUACUCCAGGUAUCCCAGGAAAACCAGGAACGCCAUCAUAUCCUGGUCAUCCAGAAACUCCUGGCAUCCCCGGUACUCCAGGCAUUCCGGGCAAACCAGGAAGGCCGUCAUAUCCUGGUUAUCCAGAAACUCCUGGUAUCCCAGGUACUCCAGGCAUUUCAGGCAAACCGGGAACACCGUCAUAUCCUGGUCAUCCAGGAACUCCUGGCAUUCCCGGUACUCCAGGUAUCCCAGGAAAACCAGGAACGCCAUCAUAUCCUGGUCAUCCUGAAACUCCUGGCAUCCCCGGUACUCCAGGCAUUCCGGGCAAACCAGGAAGGCCGUCAUAUCCUGGUUAUCCAGAAACUCCUGGCAUCCCAGGUACUCCAGGCAUUCCAGGCAAACCGGGAACACCGUCAUAUCCUGGUCAUCCAGGAACUCCUGGUAUCCCCGGUACUCCAGGCACUCCAGGCAAACCGGGAAUCCCUUCAUAUCCUGGUUAUCCAGGAUCUCCUGGCAUCCCCGGUACUCCAGGCAUUCCAGGCAAACCGGGAACACCGUCAUAUCCUGGUCAUCCAGGAUCUCCUGGCAUCCCCGGUACUCCAGGCAUUCCAGGCAAACCGGGAACACCGUCACAUCCUGGUCAUCCAGGAACUCCUGGUAUCCCCGGUACUCCAGGCACUCCAGGCAAACCGGGAACCCCUUCAUAUCCUGGACAUACUGGAUCUCUUAUUAUUUCCAGCCCUUCAGGAACAUCUGGAUUACCACAUCCAGGUUAUCUUGAAACUCUUGUUACUCCCGGAACGCCGUCAUAUCCUGGACAUGCUGGUAUCCCCGGAAUUCCAGGCAAACCAGGUAUUCCUGGCAUUUCUGACACUCCAGGAAUAGCUAUACUAUAUCCGACAUAUCCUGGUAAGCCGGAAAUACCAGGAAAACCAGGAAUACCAUCAUAUCCGGGACAUAUAGGAAUUAAUAUCCCUAGCACAUCUAGUACUGUCGGUAUAUCAGAAAUAUCUGAUAUUGUAGGAAAACCAGGAAUAUCAUCAUAUCCUGGAAAGCCAGAUUACCCUACGUAUACAGAAGAUUCAAAGAGUCCAGAAGGACCUGAAGGGCCAGUGGGAAAUGUAGGUCCAAUUGGUGGUAUUGGUGGUAUAGGAGAUGUUGGUGGUAUUGGUGGUGUUGGUGGUGAAGGAGAUGUUGGAAAUGAUGGCCCUGAUGGACCAUGGCCAACUGGGUCUCCUGGUCCCGAUGGACCAUGGCCUGGUGAUCCUGAUUACGUACCCGGAAUAAAACCAACGAGGAAACCUUCGCAUAGAGAACCAUUAAGAAAUCAGCAAUCUGCGAUUUAUUCAUUUGACAAAAACAAGUAUAACUCGAUCUCGCAAUACAAUUUCAAUAACAAAACUGAUUCUUCGUACACAGGCCAUACACUAAAAGAUAUUGAAUUAUCGAGAUUAUCACAUCCAACAAAAGUUAAUACAUCAUUAUACGUAAAUCGUAAUCAGUAUAUACCUCAAUACGAAAGUCAAUAUACGUUACCAAUCUAUGGGAAGAAAGAAACUAUCUACAAUGCGAAUAAGAUCAACACACUAUUACAAAUAGACGGCUCGACACCGUCAUCAUUGAAAUACGAGAUCGGAGAUGACCAUCAAUAUACAGACGUGUUAAAACUCAAACAUUAUAAUCAGCAAAAAUAUACGGAGCCACAACAAAUAAACAAACUGCCUAAAAAUGACUUUAAGCAAUUUUCUGUGCACGACCGGGACCAAUAUCAAAAAUCAAUAUUUUAUCCAUCUUAUAAUUUGCAACGGCAGCCACCUGAAGGUUCAGACCAAUUUAAUAAAUUGGAUCGACAAGAGGGUGUAUUUAAUGCAGAUGGACAAUAUAAUAGUUCUGCCGAAGUGGAUGGCAAACUGAUUUCUAACGUGUCCUUUCAGUCGGACGGACCUUCCGCUCCGGAACCUUCUGCUCCGGAUAGACAGGUAAAUGCACGCCUUGAGCAGACAUUCAAGACGAAUCCCGCUCUUGACGCUAUCGGGGUUCAGCCGCCCAGCUCCAUCAACGUCAAGCCCUUUUCGUUACCUAUAGGGCCAAAUCCACAAGCAUGUCCUUGUUACCUAGUCGAGCCGAAUAACAACACAAACGUAGCCACCAGCUCGACUCUCACCUCUGUCAUUGGUCAGUUGGGAUUCAUUCCUGUUAUCUUCGUACCAUACUGUCCUGGCAACGAAAUGGACAGCAAUAAGAUGAAAAUUAUGUUCCCGUCCGCCACUCCUGUUCCAUAUGCAUGUGACGCAUGUGAUACACAAGACAGCAAAUUCGCUGUAAAAACGCUCGAUAUAAAUCAACUUGGCAAUAUCGAUUAUCUCAAAGAGGCAUUAAAUCAAUCCAAUCUUGGCUUUUUGAAUGUUCCAGUUAAGAGCAACGUCGAGCUAAGAAGAACCAAAAAUAGAAAGGCGAAAUGAAGGGUGUAGUACUAACUUAUUAAGUUUUAAUUGCGACCAUUCUAAAAACAAAAGUUCAUCAUCUCUUAGGGAGGGAAUAGAAAUAAAUAUAGGAUAUUGGCAUUGCCUGUCCGUCAACUGCUGGUUAGUUGAUGGAUGGCCAAAUUAAAAAUAUUUGAAUAAUCAAAGCUAAUCAAAUACAUAAAAACUUCAAACUAAAAGUUGAAUUAAUUAGAGAUUUUAUUAAUAUUGUUAAUUCUCUGUGUAAAUUUUAAUUGAUUUACUAUUCACAUAAAGAACAAAAUAAUAGCAAACUUUUUGCUAAUCCAAUUAAUUUGAAUGAAUUAAUAAAAUUUACAUGCUCCAUUUUUUAAAAUGUAUUUAUAUAUAUAUAUAAAUAAGUUAACGCAUUCAUACAGUGUUUCAUACAAAAGUUACAUAAUCUUUAUGUGAGUAUUUCUGAGAAAAAAAUUCCGUAGAUAUUGCUUAACUUAUUAUCAAAAAUGUUACCUAUUAUAUGUAUGCUUUUAC